CGGCCCGCCCUCUGCGUCAGGCGGGCCUGGCGUGCGUCCCGUGAGCAUGCGCCGUGAUGUCAUCCGCGCGCGACGCCAGGGUCGCCGUGUGCGUCCGCGACUCCCGGUGGGUCCGCGUGUAAGAUUCGCGGCCCGGUCCGGGCCGGGAGCUGGCGGACGCCGGAGGGUUGCCUUCGGGGCCGGGCGGAGACUAAGACAGUCACUGUAAUCAUUUCCCACAUCAGUUCCAAGCUGUUCACCUAAACAACAGUGCCAUUCUAUGAAAUCAUGGCUGGCUAUAAGCCUGUCGCCAUUCAGAGCUAUCCUGUACUCGGAGAAAAAGUCACUCAGGACACCUUGUACUGGAACAACUAUAAGACCCCUGUUCAGAUUAAGGAAUUUGGUGCCGUGUCGAAAGUAGACUUUUCUCCGCAGCCACCUUAUCAUUACGCUGUCACAGCUUCCUCCAGAAUUCACAUUUAUGGCCGAUACUCGCAAGAACCCGUGAAAACCUUUUCCCGAUUUAAAGACACAGCCUACUGUGCGACUUUUCGGCAGGAUGGUAGAUUGCUGGUGGCUGGCAGUGAGGACGGUGGGGUGCAGCUUUUUGAUAUCAGUGGAAGGGCUCCCCUCAGGCAGUUUGAAGGCCACUCAAAAGCAGUUCACACGGUGGAUUUCACGGCUGACAAGUACCGUGUGAUGUCUGGAGCAGACGACUGUGCGGUUAAGUUAUGGGACAUUCCGAAUGCCCAGGAAAUCUUGACAUUCAGAGAACAUUCUGAUUAUGUGAGGUGUGGCUGUGCCAGCAAGCUGAACCCAGAUCUCUUUGUAACAGGGUCCUACGAUCACACUGUGAAGGUGUUUGACGCCCGGAGCAGUGGGAGCGUGCUCUCUGUGGAGCACGGGCAGCCCGUGGAGAGUGUGCUGCUGUUCCCUUCGGGCGGUCUCCUCGUAUCUGCAGGAGGCCGGUACGUUAAAGUCUGGGACAUAUUAAAGGGAGGACAGUUAUUGGUGUCCUUGAAAAAUCACCACAAGACAGUGACGUGUUUGUGUCUGAGCAGCAACGGGCAGAGGCUGCUCUCUGGCUCGCUGGAUCGGAAGGUGAAAGUGUACAGCACAACCUCCUACCAGGUCGUCCACAGCUUCGACUACGCGGCUUCCAUUCUGAGUGUUGCACUGUCGCACGAAGAUGAGACAAUAGUUGUGGGAAUGACCAAUGGGAUUCUGAGUGUGAAACAUCGAAAAUCUGAGGCCAAGAAGGAGUCUCUUCCCAAAGGAAGGCGGCCUGCGUACCGGACCUUUGUUAAAGGGAAAAGCUACAUGAAGCAGCGGGAUGACGUUGCCAUCAACAGGCCAGCAAAGAAGUACCUGGAAUUGUAUGAUAGGGAUCUGAAGCAUUUCCGGAUCUCUAAGGCCCUCGAUCGCGUCCUUGAGCCGGAGUGUACCCUCAAGACCCCCGAGGUCACGGUCUCCAUCAUCAAGGAGCUCAGUCGGAGAGGAGUGCUCGCUAAUGCCCUUGCCGGCCGCGAUGAGAAGGAAAUCACUCGUGUUCUUAACUUUUUGAUAAGGAAUCUGCCUCAGCCAAGAUUUGCUCCUGUUUUGAUCAAUGCUGCGGAAAUAAUUAUUGAUAUAUAUCUGCCUGUGAUUGGUCAAUCACCUGUGGUUGAUAAAAAAUUUUUGGUACUGCAAGGACUUGUAGAAAAAGAGAUUGAUUACCAAAGAGAACUGCUCGAAACCUUGGGAAUGAUGGACAUGCUUUUUGCUACCAUGACAAGGAAAGAAAGCACUUCUGUGUUGGACCAUUCAUCAGAUGGAUUUUUAGAUAACAAGAAGACAGAAUCAUAGUACCUGCUUACCAAGACACUGUAUAAGAACCCCAACACUGGAAUAGAGUUGACUCUUAUUAAAUAUUGGCGAACUGUGCGAUACAUUUUAAAAAACUAUUUGCAGAGCAGUUUUAUGGAAGAGACUGGAAUAAUUAUGAAUAGGCAGAAAGCACGAGUUUUAAGCCAAGGUGUUUCCCUCUAGCGAUUUAAAUUAUUUUAUGACAUCUUUGCUAGAAGAUGUCCUUUGUCGCAGUCACCUGUCCUCCUUGGCUGCGCUGAUGCAGGUUUUCAUGCAGCACAGUUCUGUGUCAACAGGCAUUCAUGUGGGAGUUCCAAUGCAAACCCUCUUUGAAGAAAGUUCCAGUUGGGAAUCCUGCCGCAGGAUUGGAGCCUUGCUUUUUACUUCGGUCCCAGAAAACACCACCGCAGUACAAACGGCAGGCACGAGACUGUGCUCGCGUUGUGUGUGGGAUGUCCAGGCCUCUGGCACGUUGUUCACUCUCUCCUGGAACACCUGC